UUGACGGCGUCGUCAUCCAAUUGACCGGCAAUCCACGAACAUUUGUUAAAAUGACCUUACGACAGGUGCUUCGUCAACAUUUUCGAUAUGUGAAAAUCUGUAUACAUUUUGUGGUGAUUUUUUGCUGUGGCUGUGUAUUCUUUCCAGUUGGAUCGGUUACAAAUUACUUCCAGUCUCAGUGUUUAUUAUUCGCCCAGCCGGUGUUGACUUUGAACACCAAUCUGACUAGUACUGUUACAUUAGACAUAGCGAGGUCAUCGUGGGGCUCCCAAAACCUCUGUAACGUCUGUAUUUACGUUCCUGUGGUGACUGCCAUUCACUCCUUUAUUUGGUGCUGGUUUUACAUCCAAAUGAAGACUAUAAAUGAUGAGUUACAAGUGUUGUGUACAUUGCUGAUCAGUAGCAUUCUGCAGGUCAUUCUUUUCAUCACACAAGUCGUCAGCAGCUUCAUUUUGUCGCUCGGCUUCGUCACAUUCUGUCAUCGCCUUACGCAUCAGUUCAAAGAUGAAUAUACUUGCUCAGAAACACAGACAUGGAAUUGGGAUAUAUUUGAAAAGAAACAUAAAUUCCAUACUUUCUUAACAGUAGCAGUGGUUUUCAGCUGGUUAGUGACUGCCAUACUGCUGCUGCAGAGUGUUUUGUCUGGGUAUUUAAGCUACAAAGCAGUCAAUGAAUCCUACUCAAAGAGUUCACAACACUCAAGUCACGAAGAUUUCUACAUCAACUCCCAGAAAAUGUCCUACUCCAAACUUUCUGUAGACGACGAUACAGGAUCUUUAAUGUUUGAUGUAGAACUAAGUCACAAGUCUAUGAAUGAACAGUAUGAUGAAUUAUAGGAGUUACAUUACAUUCUAAUUAUUGAUACACAUAUUUCUUCAAGUAUAUAAAACAUGUAUUUCAGAAAAUUCUAUUUUUGAAUGAUUUUGUGAGAGACUAAAUUUCCCACAUUUAAUAUUAAGCUAGAUGAAACAUCAUUAUACCAUUGUUUAUUUGUUGGCAUCACAAAAAAAAAAUUUGACUUAAUUUCCAGUUUGCAUGUACACAAUUACAUGGUUUCAAACCAUAUAUUUUUGAGAUGCACUCAGUGAUUUCUUUAUUUUCCAUGCUAUUUUUUAUUUGAAAUCAUAGCUGUUUUUUACAAGACGAUUCAUGUGAAAACAAAAUUGUUUUACUCAGCAUAAUUCUAAUAUGCCAAGAGAGUUAAUAAAGGAAUGUUUAUAAAAAAUUCUCAAAGGAAGCAUGAAAAGUUCUGGUGUAAAGCAUCGGAAUGACAGGAGAAACAAUUCAAUAGCGUUUACCAAUACAAAAGUCAUCCUUAAAUUUUAAGCACUAUUUAAUUAAUGAUUUAUAAUUAAUUAUGUAUACUAUAUACAGAGUCACAUGUACCUCAUUCUGCUAAACAGAGUGGCCAGGUGGUGGCAUACUGGUUAGUGUGCUAGCUGCUUCUCGAGAAGCCAGCUCAGAUGCAAUAAUGAUUUAUGUCAUCAGCCUAACCACAUAAGAUUUCUCUGGGUAUUCCUGAUUUCUCUGGGUAUUCCUGAUUUCUCUGGGUAUUCCUGAUUUCUUACACAUAAGACUAACUGCAGAUGCCUAUUCAGGCCAACCUGAGUGAUUCACAGAAAUUGUUCUUAAAGUGUAUCAGUUUUCAAAUCAGUUUGUAUUGUAUAAACUAUAGAAAUACUAGCAACAUAAAUUGAUUUUGAUUUCUGAUGCUUGAUCUCUUAAACAAUCACAUCUAUACAGAACUAUGUUAUCUAAAAAUCCAUCCGGUUUACUGUGAUAGCGAUGAUUUCCUACCUGUGUCAAAUAAUCAUUAUAAAAUACAUUGUGCAAUAAUUGUUUCCAUCAUUUUUACUUUCAUAACAUAUUUCUUCAUGUUACAAUAUACUCAUGUUUAUAAUUAUAUUUAUCACUGCAUGGUUGUUGAAUCUGGAUGCAUGUCACUUACAUGUAGGUAUGAAUGUAUUUAUACAUUUGUAAACAUUAGUAUGUCUAAGGUAACCUUGAUACCAAAUAUUAAAUUAUUUCUAUUCCCUUUAACUACAGAGCCUACAAUCAUGUUAUUACUUAAUGCAAAUGUAUGUUCAUUUUGGCAAAGUGUCUUCAGUAGACACUUUAUCAACCAACUUGAAUAAUUCUAAUUUGUCAAUACUAAAGAGUGUGUGGUUGAUCUUAAAUAUUUUGAUGAGUUAUGUAAUGAUUUUUGUUACUCAACCAAUGGAUGUUUACAUACGAUAUUUCUAUUACUAGCACUGUGUGUACAGUCACCUUCGUCAGACAAGUGACCAGGGCAGUAAUGUGUACACAAAGGUGUAAAAUGUGUAUGGGUUGUCUUGAAAAUUUGAAGAUCAAUGUCUUUUUAGGCUAUGUUGUAGUGCUACAAUACAACGCUGUCGUGUUACAAUACAAUGCUGUAGUGUUACAAUACACCGCUGUCGUGUUACAAUGCAACGCUGUCGUGUUACAAUACAACACUGUCGUGUUACAAUACAACGCUGUCGUGUUACAAUACAACGCUGUCGUGUUACAAUACAACGCUGUCGUCGUGUUACAAUACAACGCUGUCGUGUUACAAUACAAUGAUGUAGUGUUACAAUACAACGCUGUCGUGUUACAAUACGACGCUGUCGUGUUACAAUACAACGCUGUCGUGUUACAAUACAACGCUGUCAUGUUACAAUACAACGCUGUCGUGUUACAAUACAACGCUGUCGUGUUACAAUACAAUGCUGUCGUGUUACAAUACAACGCUGUCGUGUUACAAUACAACGCUGUCGUCGUGUUACAAUGCAACGCUGUCGUCGUGUUACAAUACAACGCUGUCGUGUUACAAUGCAACGCUGUCGUCGUGUUACAAUACAACGCCGUCGUCGUGUUACAAUACAACGCUGUCGUGUUACAAUACAAUGCUGUCGUGUUACAAUACAACGCUGUCGUGUUACAAUACAAUGCUGUCGUGUUACAAUACAACGCUGUCGUGUUACAAUACAAUGCUGUCGUGUUACAAUACAACACUGUCGUGUUACAAUACAACGCUGUCGUGUUACAAUACAAUGCUGUCGUGUUACAAUACAAUGAUGUGUGUUACAAUACAAUGAUGUGGUAUUGUAAUUGUACCAAAAUAACUCAAUCCUGCUACUAUUUGACUAAUGACCUGAUCAUAUAUGUGCGAGAAUCUAUGUGCCCCCUCAUCUUGAUUUAGCGCUGGCUCACUGUGGCGUAUCCAGAUUGCAUCUUUUAUCUGCCACUUAAACAGAUUGCUCUCCCUGUCCAAAUAAACAGUCCAUUAGUGUUACACUUCAACCUCGAAUGACAUUCAUUACGGGAUGUAGAAUAUCAAAUCAUUCACAUCCUGGACACGGAUCCCUCAUCCUCAGAAUCUACCUU